AUGUAUAGAACACGAGAACGAGGUAUAUCAGAACAGAACACGGGGGAUACAAGAACAGAACACGGGGGAUACAAGAACAUAACACGGGGAAUACAAGAACAGAACACGGGAGAAUACAAGAACAGAACACAGGGAAUACAAGAACAGAUCACGGGGAAUACAAGAACAGAACACGGAGAAUACAAGAACAGAACACAGGGAAUACAAGAACAGAACACGGGGAAUACAAGAACAGAACACGGGAGAAUACAAGAACAGAACACGGGGGAUACAAGAACAGAACACGGGAGAAUACAAGAACAGAACACGGGGGAUACAAGAACAGAACACAGGGAAUACAAGAACAGAACACGGGGGAAUACAAGAACAGAACACGGGAGAAUACAAGAACAGAACACGGGGGAAUACAAGAACAGAACACGGGGAAAACAAGAACAGAACACGGGGGAAUACAAGAACAGAACACGGGGGAUACAAAAACAGAACACGGGAUACAUUAAAACAAGAAACAAGUAG